AUGGCAAACUUUCAAUGGGCUUCACUUGGAUUUUGUGUUCUUCUGUUAUCACCACUAACUACUCUGUACGUACUCGUUUCAAGAAAUGCUAAACGAGGGAAAUUAAUACGAAUCUUGUGUUUCGGUGAUUCACUGACUUUCGGUCUCACAAACGGAGAGCCGCAUCCAUACACGGUAAGAUUACAAGAGUAUUUUCGAAGUAAACUCAGGAGUCAUUCAAGGUCGAAUCAUGUUGAACUCUACAAUGCCGGACGAUCAGGCGAGCAAGUUCAAAACGAGAUGCUCCCUCGACUUGAAAAUUUAUUGCAGGCUGCUAAAUACAACUGGGUUAUCAUUUUGGGAGGGACAAAUGACUUGUUUGGAAUGAAGAGUAUCUGGACAGACAAUAACAUUGGCAAGGAACAAGAUCAAAUUACCAUUUUCAAUGCCCUAGUUCAGCUGCACAAGGUCGCUCACGUGGCUGGAGCGAAAACUGUUGCUGUAACGAUUCCUGCGUUACAAUGUGAGGUGAGCAGGAAGCGAAUGAUCAGCGUGAUUAUGGAAGUGAGACUGAAAGUGAACGAAAUGAUUCGGAAUUUCGUCAAAAAUUCAAAGGGAAAGGUGCUUCUGGCUGACAUUGAUAAGGAUAUGCAUUUUUCUCGAGAUCAAAUGCUCUGCGGUGACGGAAUUCAUUUAACUGCUUCAGCUUAUGACAGAAUGGCCUACAUCAUAUUUAAUUCGAUAAAGGAUUUUAUAUAGGGUUUUCAAAUAAAAGGAAUAAUAAAACUCAAUACUCAAAUAAAAUCAGAAUUUCUAAGAUCUACCAACACUACAUAUACCGAUUGAAUUCGGUCAAUUUGUUUACGGAGAAUUAUGCUUGAGACCCUUUCGUAGUUUUCUCCGCUACUAAAGAUAUAUAUGAUAUUAUGACACUAAGUACGUUUUGAGAUUCUUAAGAGUAACCUAAGCUUUCGAAAAUUGUCUUCAAACCAGACGGUGUGCACACUCUGAUUGCAUUGCAUCAUGGUCGUAAAACGAAUCUGCAUCCUGCCGAAAUGUACUUAAAUAUUCGACUAUGGAGGCCUCCACUUUCUAUCAUACUCAGUAACCUGGCCGCUGAGCUGUGACGCACUCACGCUUCACUACUCUUUUCAAUCUUUAAGCGACUUAUGUCAACUACAACAAAAAAGCGUUCUUAUUUAAGUCUGCUUUGCUUAUUUCUUCCUUUUUAUUUAAUGAUCAAAGCACCAACCGGUUGUGAACCGCGCGAUGUAGUUUUGCUCUCAUAAGGCAGCAUUCAUAAUCGGUAUUUUCGCGAAAUUUAAGGCAAAUUUCGAGCAGAGUAGUCACACUUUGAAGUCUCUAGUCACGCUUAAAUUUCAUAUUUUCUAUUCAGUUACAGUAACAAGAAUUAAAUGUUUUCUAGUGCAUACCUCGCCUGAGCUUUUGACGCCCCGUGGGCCAAGGUACUGUGCAGGAGAAACCGAAUUACAAUGACAACUCAGGAGCUGAUCUGUUCACUUACAUGAAAGAAGGCCUUAAAGAGCUGUUGACCUGGCUGUAAGAAAUACUUCGUUGGGGAUUGUAGUGAAUAAAUUUACAUCGAUGAGGCUGGGCCGGUGAACCUAAGAAAGGCAAAACAUCUCUUCCAGACCGCCACCGCUAAACAACACCCACGUGUGAUGUAGUUGCGA